AUGAAGGUGCGCCAGGCCGAGUUCGAGGCGGAGAAGAAGGAGAUCAUGCGGAGCGGGCGCGUCCAGCAGAACUGCAAGUGGCAGUGGACGGACUGGGACGACGAGGGCAAGUGCACGACGAAGGAGAUCUUCGUCCACAUCCAGCUGCCCAAGGGGACGACGAAGGAGCAGCUCCGCAUCAAGACGCUCCGCCAGCUCUUCGAGGUCAAGGUGCUCGCCCCGAACUCCAACGGCAUCGAGAAGCGGCUGAGCGCGAGGCCCGACGUCGCCGCCGUCGACGCGCCCCAGAAGAUCGUGAGCCCCGUCAUGACGACGCCCGCGGCGUCGAUGAUGCCGCCGGCCGACUACCCGCUCGACGAGCCCCACGCGGAGUGGACGAAGCACGCCCACGCCCAGCAGGUCCAGGCGCUGGGCAACACGGACGUGGGCAUCCACGCGGACUACACGUCCGCCGACGCCGGCGAGGAGCGCAAGAAGGCGCUCCUGGCGCGCCACAAGCUCGACGAGUACAAGGACGACAACAAGCUCAACAACGCGCUCGCCAAGUCCAACGAGUGGCGCGCGUCCUGGCGCAUGGCGAGCCACACGGCCAUGCUCGACUGCAUCUCCGCCGGCGGCACGAGCCGCGCGCGGAGCCCCGCGGUGCUCGCGGUGCUCCGCCACGAUUUGGAGCUCGCCAAGGUCGAGGACCGCCUCGAGGACGCGAUCAACUUCGACAAGGCGCUGGAGGCCGCCGGCGCGCCCAAGCCCGGGUCUGCCGCCAUGGAGAAGAUGUACAAGGACACGGAGCUCCAGAAGCGCAAGGAGGCCUUCGUCGCCAAGGUCCGCGCGCAGGCGGGCCUGCCCGCGGAGGUCGCGGAGCAGCCCAAGGACCUCAUCUCCAUCCUCACGGCGCCGGAGCCCAAGCGCGUCGACACGGUCCUCCUCCGCGGCGACCUCUUCAUGCCCCUCGACGUCGAGGGCACCGUCUGGCACAUCGAGGGCCAGUGGCUCAAGAUGGAGCUCACGAAGGACGGCAUGGCGGGCUUCGAGUGGCCCAACCUCUUCAAGACCGACGAGUUCCGCCACAAGAAGGUCAAGCCCUACGAGAUGAUCGGCGGCCCGCCCUGA